AUGGGCAUCUUAGAGAAAAUUUCCGAGAUCGAGGCCGAAAUGGCCAGAACUCAGAAAAACAAGGCCACAGAGUACCAUUUGGGUUUGCUGCGUGGAAAGUUGGCCAAACUCCGCACCCAGUUACUCGAACCCAGCAAGAGCGGUCCUUCUCAACCUGGAUUUGAGGUUGGAAGAUAUGGAGAUGCAAGAGUCGCGAUUAUGGGCUUUCCCUCUGUGGGGAAAAGUAGUCUCUUAGCGGAAAUGACAGGAACGAGGAGUGAAGUGGCGGCUUAUGAAUUUACGACGUUGACGUGCAUUCCGGGAGUCAUUUACCACAAUGAUGCGAAAAUACAGCUAUUGGAUUUGCCUGGUAUUAAUUUGCCUCAUGUUUGUGGGCUUCACGAUAGCAAUAGCAUUACUUUGCUGGGGUAGUUACUUCAUCAAAACGUGAGGCCGAUUACCGUAGAAGCUUCAUUAUGGUUCACCUGGAUAACCUCACGACUACAUCAGCUGCCUUAUCUUCAAAAACAAACUGCAAAAAUACGUGUACCCACUUCUUCCACUCCCAAAAAUGCAAUUUAGGUAUCAUCGACGGCGCUGCUCAGGGCAAAGGUCGUGGUCGUCAGGUCAUAUCCACCGCCAAGUCUGCCGAUCUCAUCCUCGUAGUCCUAGACGCAACACGGGAUGACUCACAAAAGAAGCGACUAGAAAACGAGAUGGAGUCCGUAGGGAUUCGAUUGAACAAGGAGCCACCAAAUAUCAAGAUCACUAAGAAGCCAUCGGGAGGCGUAAGAAUCAACGCCAGUUGCAAGCGACAACAUUUAGACGACAAGUUGAUUGAGGGACUGCUGCGGGAGUACAGGAUAUUCAAUGCGGAUAUCAUUAUUCGAGAGGAUGCCACAGCAGAACAAUUUAUCGACGUGCUGGAAGGGAAUAGGAAAUACGUACUGUGAUUUCUAGAUAGAAGAAGGUUGCGAAUCUUUUUAUACUUAAAUAAAAAUGGCAUAAUCUUCUCCUUCAUUGCGCUUGAAUUCGUUUGAAUGACAUCUUGUCCUUUCAAGAACUUUCUGAACUUCACUAUGCAUUCAAAAGUAUAACAUCACGGAACCCCAGUACAACAAGUUUCCCCCGCUCUCUCAGGUCCGCUGCGUCUAUUGCUACAACAAGAUCGAUAUGCUUUCCAUCGCCGAAGUAGAUCGACUUGCUAGAUUACCGCACGCGCACGUCAUGUCAUGUAACUUGAAGCUGAAUUUAGAUGGUUUGAAAGACCGCAUCUGGCAAGAACUGAACAUGGUGCGCGUGUAUACGAAGAAGAAAGGUCAAGUUCCAGACUGGAAGGACCCUUUGGUGAUUACUCCACAGAGAGGGACGAAGGAGUGCAAUGUGGAGAACGCGGUACAUUUUAUUUCGAAAACUCAAAAUAACCGACUUACUGACUGAAAUAAGGGAGGUAGCUUAGCGUCAAGGCUACUUUUCCUUCUCAUCAGUAUCUCGGUUAUUCUGAUCACUUACUUGCUUAUUUCAGUUUUUCGAACCCUAAACCCUAAAUACAUAUUUAAUAUCAAUUUCUUCUCCUACAGCUCGUGUAGUUUGUACAUUCAAGGUUGAUUAUGAUUCUGUUCUGCUAAGUAUAACUUGUCUUUUUUCUGAAAAAUAAAGUACUGGAGCGCUCCUGUCUCAGGCGAUCCCUCUCUCAUCGCGUGAAACGCCAACUACACUACAUCACUGAGGACACGACAUCAACACUACAUCACUGAGGACACGACGACAUCAACACCAGGUAACUCUCCUCCAUCAACAACAGGUAACUCUCCUCCACAAAGACAUCCUCGCCGAGUUCAAGUGCGCCUUAGUCUGGGGCACUAGCGUGAAAAGCUCACCCGCAACAGUGGGCGUAAAACACUACCUUCAAGAUGAAGAUGUAAUCCAGAUCCAAAAACUGAAUGCUGCAGAGAAGGAGAAAAGGCGUCAUGGCAAGAAGACCGGGACAACGGAAACAGGAACAGGCGUGCCAAUGGAUGCGAAGAAGCAGGCGGAGCGGAAAUUGAACAAGAGUGGACCGAAAAGUUAGGUCUCUUGUAGUUUCAGGGUAUGCUAGGAGGUUUCACCUUGGAGUCAGGUGGUGGUCUAGAGUCGCCACUUAGUGGACAAUCCAUACUAUCACAUUUACAGUUGGAAAAAUAAUGAAGAAUGAUUCCUUUUGUACGAGUGAAUCCCUUUUCCGCAUUUUACAGAUAAAUGCGGCAUAUUAGUAUCUGCCGCGGCAGAUUUCUACCACAUUGAUGGUUCGCCCCGACAUAAGCAUGCGAUCAUGAUUGGAACAUCACAGACAUGGAACCAACACAACGACGACUAUCAACAUGACAUAGGCAGCGCUUUCAGCGCUUUCUUCGUCCACUCGAUAUGUUUUGUAUCAACGGACAUAGCGAUCUUUCCAUGAUAAUACUCAUGACGUCGACACAUAGUACGCAACAUAGGUACAAGUUACCUCUCCGACUUUGCAU